AUGGAUACGCCGCUUGACGACGAGGCCAUGGCCCAAGCCAUGGGCUUCUCUUCCUUUGGCGCCCAGGACCGGUCCCAGAAGAAGCGCAAGUAUAAUCCCCACGCCGACGCCAUCGUCGGGUCUGACUCUGCGACUGCUCAGCGCGCGGCCAGGCCAUCCGCAACAGGGUCCAACUCGACGCCGCUCGGUCUCCCCAACAGGAAGCCUGACCAUGCCGCCGCCAAUGCUGACGAGAUUGACCUGGAUGAGGAUGAGAACGAGGGUGACGAUGACGGAGUUGUGUCAGAUCCGACUGGGAUGCCCGAAAGGCCAGGUGAAUCACCAGCCCCGGCGUUAGUGCGCCCACCUGGAUUGCCAGAUCGCCCACCACCAGGGAUCGGGAUCGGCUUCGUGGGCUCAUCCAGAGGCCGCCAGGGCAGCCAUGGAGCCCAGGACGGCUCGCGACGCACCGUCGAGUGGGAGGGAUACUAUGACCCCUCGUCAAACGAGAAUCCCUGGAGACGACUGGAGGAAUCGAGAGGCUUGCAAUCCUUGGGUACAUGGAUUCCUCGGGGCCAUCAAGCAAGUGCUUCGAGUUGA